CCUCGAACCUUUAUUAGCUCUCGACAUCUGUAAUGCUGCCUCAGUACCUCGCAAGACAGACGGCAGAACUACCACGAAUGCGUCUCUGUGAAUGAUUUUAGCGUCCGGAUUACUCUCAUUAAUCAGCAAGCGCAGGCCGGUUUGCUUCUCACCCGACCGGCCGAUCCAAUGCGGUGAGACGGUAUAGCACGGCAGCCAACACUGGCAGACUUGGGAAUGCGAAAGAGCUUGCAACCCCUUCGACGGCAACCUCGCUCGGCCUUUUGCCUAGACACUAAAGCGUCCUUAAAAAACUGCCUCAGCGUACUAUUCGGUCGCGGCGGCGCUGCCCUAGCACAUUCUCGCGUUGCGCCCAUCGCUUCGACCGCCCGAUCGAUAUCCCACCGGUCGCCAUACCAAAGUAGUGGCCCGCGAAGCUGGGAGUCGCCAGACCACCGGGACGCGUUGGCACAGCCGCCAAUAUGGAACACAGACGGGACUAGGCAGGGUAGCGCCCGGAGGAACGGAGGUUUUGGAACGGACGUCACGCACGCCGCGACCAAAGACGAUGUCAAUACGAAGACGCUGAGCCAUGGCGAAGCACACCCGGCAGAUGUUGGAAUUCAUGAACGCAAACCCGCUUUGUACCCCCGGGACCCCAGUCAUAACCGCGUUUGGAGCAAAUUCGAAUCGAUGCGGGACCAGGGGUUGCUGAAGAUCUUCACUGGGCCCGACGCUGAUGCUCUUCGCGACGAGGUCCUAUCAGCUGCGUUGCUCAGCGACAAGCGCAUUGCUACGCUCGCUACUGUGGCUCAUCAGUUGUAUCUCGAAUACGGGUUUCGAUGGUCAGAUCUGUACAUGAAGGUCAUUCAUUACUUUCUCGACAAAGGGCGAUAUGAUGACGCUGUACGAUGGCAUCUGCAUUUGGCUUCAACACUUCCACCUGGAACAGAAGUCUUCGGUGCUUUGCUCUCAAGUUUCGUCAUUGACCCCACUCCGCAGAUUCAGAGCACUUUGACGACGAUUUACGUCUCCAGCACGGAACGAGGACUCUACGAUUAUAUCAUACCCACCUUGUUUGCGUCUGGCCAGUCGAAGCUUGCUCGCACAUGGCGCAAGAAGCUCAUCUUGUUCAAUGAUCUUCCUGGUCCAGACUCGAAAUCACGCCACUUCCUCCGUUUUCUUGCCAGAUACCAUCCCUUAAUUGAACUGACGGCACAAGAGCUAGCCACAGCAGGACUCAGAGGCUCCGGUUGUCGUACAAACGCAAUAAGGUCUGCCGAGCCAGCGGCGACCAUGGACCACGAACACCAUCCAGGCCAUUACAGCGACGCCCUAGUGGCUAAGUGGUUUGCCAGCACAUGGACGUCUGUCGAAUUCGCCAUCAACCUUGUUCAUAGGCUUGGCUUGAAAAUCGUUGGGCCCAGAUCGCUUCAGUCGCUUGCGCUGCGCGAGCCGAACGCCAAGGACGUUGCAGGUCGUAUCGCUCAGACUGAGAGACUUGGGAUAGAAAUAUCUUCCCAGGCGUAUUGCAAGGCGCUGGUGUUCUUUGCCAGGCAAGGAGAGGAUGAGCUGCUCAGCGAUUUACUGUCGUGUGAUAUUCACCCAGAUGAGUUUGAAGAUGUGGAGACACGGCAACUGCUACUGGCCGCCGCCGUCCGUCAAGGCGAUUGGCAACGAGAACGGCUGCUGCAGCGUAUCGAAUGGGCCAUCGAAUCUGGGCAAUCCUCGCGGCGUCUCAACUCAUUGUUACGCAGCGAAUUCUCUAAGCGCCGGAUGGGUCAGACACGACUCGUCUUAGACCGCAUGGACGCACUAAGGGUGCAAAUGGCUCAGAGUAAUGCCACGCAGCUCCUGGAGCGUCUUUUUGUUGGCCUCAGUUGGCAUCCUCCGAAGCAUGCCCGCCGAAGACAACCCAACGCUCCUGUCGACCCCAAUUCACCACUCAACCAAGCCAUCGACAUCACACGCCGCAUAGCCUGCCAUGACGUCGCGAUUCCGACAAGAUAUUGGAGAGUCCUUCUCUAUAACUUGGGACGGACUGGCCGUUUUGAGGAACUAGAGCAACUCUGCUUGGAGAUCGUACAAAUUUACACGCCGCCCUACGGUGGGUUGAUUCCGGUACAUGUUGAGGAUCUCCCUGCAACAGCCGUGGACGAGGUGCCUCUUGCUCCCUCAAGACCACGGAAAUCGCACAACCUCCCAAGCGACGCAAAGGCAGAGGAUGACAAGACAAUGACAAGAUCGUCGUCGCCCAACGAAACAAGAGGCUCAGGCUCGGUUGAGAGCAUGGUCGUCCGGCAGGGCAAGAGAAUGCAGCAGCAGGACUGCAAUCUAUCGCCAAACUCGGACUGGGCUAAAGCUCCCACCGAAGACGUUGCCAAUAAUCAACUGGAGAUGGAACCCGAUGAGAGCUUCGGCAAUCAGAAUUGCUACGGCAGGCAAAGCCAAAGUAGAAUGGUGGAAUCUCGUUCCACGUACUCCGGCGGGAAAGAGGACAUCCCCGCAGACCUACCGUUCUCGCAUCGGGAGCACCCCGUACAACUCAUUUUUGACGCACGGUUGCAGCGUGCCAUUGUCCGUUGGGGUUUCGAUCACACAUUGGCUUCGCAGCCCACCGGACCCUCCUUACUUAACAUCAGGUGCCCAGGAACAUUGGAUUUCGACGUUGCCUGUGGUGUGCAUCUACUCGCACUUUUGCGAGACCAGGGGGUUUUGAUCGACAUGCAAGUGCUGCGGAAGGCCGUCAUAUCCCGCAUUGCACUCGCUCAGGUCCCUGGGCGGCGCAGGGACCGUUCAAGAGACGUCAAUGAACUGUCAAUUGAGAAUUUGAAGCGAUUGGUGGACGAGGCUUGGGGCGAGGAGGUCAUGCCUAGCUUGCCAGACCUGGAACGAGAGCUUGAGCGACAGAAACCUAGGCUGUGGAAACGAUACCCCAUAUUAUUCGGCAAAGCAUUUGACAAGAGGCAACGGGACGAAGAGGAAGGAUAAUGGCACCACAUAUCUUAGUUUCUGUGGCUUGUACACGAAAAGUGCAGAAGCAAACACUCAUACAUGAUGUUUGUAUACCCAAAACACCCAAGACUCCGAGCUCCCGCGGCUAAGUCACAUUUCGUGACACCAUAUAUGUACACUCUAUAGCUGCGGUCCCGUGGACCGCGACAUGACACUAUUGUCGCAAGUAGUCCCGGCCUCGCUCAAGAGUCUUUCUUCUUGGGCUUGAUCAGAAGAAGGAUGAAAAGCCCGACAAUGAUGAGAAUGAGAAGCAGUAUGAUCUUCCUCUUGGUCGUUCUUCGUUGAUACCCUGACGCAACCUUCAGCUCCUUGUCAGCUCCCUUGACGUCCUCAUUCAUUCGUUCAACGUUAUAGUCAAUCCUAUCCAGCAUGGUUCCUUGGUCGAUGACCAUUGUUUGCAGGUCUCGGAAGAGAUCAGACAAUUCGAUGAUGCCCUGCGCAAUGUCCUCGAUUUCGCGUUCUCGUUGAGCGAUUGCGGCGUCAUUAGAAUGGAGCAUCUUCUGUUUCGUAGCUGCCUGCAGCGUGGACUGGGAGAACGAGCGAUCGGCGUCCGACUCCUGUAGUGACGGGUCUAGGUACGAUCCGGGCUGCGGUGUCGAUGACCUCUCAGCAGGACUGAACGUGCCGAGACCUCCCAUAUCUCGAAGCUCUAAAAGGCGAACAAGGUCAGCGAUGUGGAGGGUAGUCAGCCUGCUAAGGGUGAAAACACACUUUUGAGAUAAGCGCUCUGCUUCUUGCGAAAGUUGGCGCUUGCUUCCUGUACCCUUGUCGCUAGG